GGGUUUAAGUAUUCAUUUCGUUUCACUGUGAAGCAUUAUUGUUGAAAGCUGACUUCUCAGAUCCUUCCUUGAAAUGAAAGCGGGCGUGCUCCACUGUCGAUGUGCCAAAUGUUUCUCUCUGCCUCUCCGGAAGCGGGUGCGAAAGCGUGCGUCUGCCGUCACGCUGCUUUCCCUUCCUGAAGAGCUGCUCCUGUGUGUCCUCCAGUGCCUCUCCGCUGAGGAUCUCCUCGCCGUCAGAGCUGUUCAUUCUCAUCUUCGUGACGUUAUCGAUAGUAACUCGAGUGUCUGGGCUCGAGUGAGUUUCAAAGAUCGCUGGCCGGUCCCGGAUACCGUUUGGCUCUUUAAGAGGGCUGCGGAGAAAGGGAACUUUGAAGCUGCUGCGAAACUAGGAAUUGCGUAUUUGUACAAUGAAGGGCCUUCGCUCAGUGAGGAGGGACGUGCCGAUCUGUGCGGCCGCAUGGCAUCCCGGUACUUUAGCCUGGCCGAGAGCCUCCGGUCCCCGCUGGCCGAGCCCUUCAUCUGGCUGUUCAUCCGGCCGCCGUGGUCCAUGUCUGGAGGCUGCUGUAAGGCUGUGGUGUACGACCGACUCGAAGCCGAGUGUGAGACCAACCUGAGCCGGAGAGGGACGUUACUGUACUGUCUGGCUAGAGUCCUUCGGCUGUUUGAUGAUGAGGAGAAGCGUGACGAGGCCACGGCCAUGUUGAAGGAGUCUGCGCGUUGUGGGAACGUGCAGAGCUCGUAUCUGCUGUGGGAAAUGAACCGCGGGACGUCGACGGCCGACCCCGGCAGGUAUCUGCAGUGCAUGCGCACGCUCAGGGACUACGCUGCCAAAGGAUGCUGGGAAGCUCAGCUGGCAUUCGCGAAGUCAUGUGGCACCACAAACCCUCUGGGUCUGGAGCCGCGGGCCUGUGCUGAACUCGUGGCCCAGUUCUUCCACUCCGGACCGUCACCCCUGAGAUACCCACAGAACCUGCAGGGACAGGACAUCACCACUAAGAGGCUUGGAACGACUCCCACAGUGUUGAAUUAUGGGGAGGUGCUGCAGUCUCUGCUGCCCGUGGAGCGGCGCAGCUCUCAUCUCUUCAGCUACAUCUGUGAUCUCUCUCUGCUCUGCUCACCCCUCACCGUCCCGGGACCGGCCCGACUCGCCAGCGCCGUCCUGCUGCUCACCAGAGCGCUGCACAACUACGUUCCUGUGUGGCCCGUCCAGCUGCAGGAAAACACCGGAUUCUCCAAGCAUGAGCUGGUCUCCUGCGCUUUAUCGCUCUACGUCAAGUGUUUCGGUCAAGAUGUGCCCAAAGACUACAGACACGUGUCUCUGACCGGAGUCAAGCAGAGGUUUGAGGACGACGUAUACCAGCAGAUUAGCAGAGACGCGGUCAUGGGCUUUAAGGAGCUCUGUCAGGUGCUGGAGGUCCCAGAGGUGGAGCCGCAGGUGGAAGCACCCAGCGCUAGCAGCCAGCUAGCAGAGAUGCACACCUUCCUGUCCUCUCCUGCCAGCAACAGCAAGAGGAGGCGAGAGGACAGCAUGCAGGCGCACCGGGGCAGCUUCCUGGCCACGCCCACAGCCGAGCUGUCCACUCAGGAGGAGUUGCUGCUGGGAGACAUCCUGGACUGGAGCCUGGACACUUCCUGCUCCGGCUACGAGGGCGACCGGGAGAGUGAGGGCGAGAAGGACAGGGAAAUAUCGGCUAUGGAGGUGCAGAUGGAGCCUGCGGUCGAGUGCGCUGACAGACAGACACAUUGUUGCGCGCUCUCCAGCGAUGACGACAGCCUUUGUGAAGAGCACACUGAGGAGGAGGCGACGGGACCCUGGAAACACCACCUAUCCUCCUCCUCCUCCUCGAGCACCUUUUGCACAGACCGCCGCAGCUCGGGCUACUCGUCCAUCCAAAGCGUUCCCAGUCCGUCUGUCUCUUCCUCUCUGGUCUCUCCCCAAAAUCCCGCCGGUUUCCUUCUCCUGCUGCCACCCGCGCAAAGGACUCGCCGACAGGUGAAGAGGAAAAACACGGCGGCGCACAGCGGAGGAGAGGCGGAGCGCGACGAGGACGCUGCCAACGUGGCCUUUCUUAGCCUUUGAUUGAUGUACAGGAAGCUGUCAUCCCUUAACGCAUCACUUCCUGGCUGCCCGCCAGGAGCACUUUGGUUCACGGGUGCUAAUGGUCUUUAUCUCAGAGCAGCGAGAGUGAGAUAAAGCAGCUGAAAUGUCCAUUUCUGAGCUUUAAAUGCGAUUAGAAGAACAAAGGUCAUGUUUUUUCUUCCCAUAAUGCAUUUCACUUCGGCUCCCGAUGGCGGGAGUGCCUUCGCCCGACUGUUUCUGUUGACAAGCAACGGGAUAAUGCCUAAAAUGUGUUCAAAUCACUGGAACUGUCGCUGUUUUUGAAGUCUUGUGUACGUUGUGUUACGUCUUCGUAUUUAAAAUUCCGGACUGUUUACAGAAAAGGACUUAUAGUUUAUCAAAUAUGUUUUUUACGAAGUUACAUGCAGCUAUGGAGAAAACCCACUUAGUCCAUGAAGUUUCAUGCUGAUAAAUGCACUGUCCGAACAAAACUGGUUUGUUUACGCAGAUGUUUCUCGUCACGUAUUUUGAUUAUUUAUCUGGAACUGGACCGAUCGACUCCAGUGUUUUUGUAUUUGCGCAUUGCUUUGCGUUCGCCACAAAUCUUCUGCCAAAGUUCUCGCAUUAACAAUUUUCAUACUGUUUUUCUGCUUGAUACCACUGAUGUUUUGACCUGUGAAACCGAUGGAAGCUUGUUUCCGACACUGAAUUAAAAAACUGCUA